AUGCAGUUCCCGGUGACUGCCCUCGCUGUCCUGCUCUUCACCGAGGUCCUCUGCCCCCAGGUCCUGUCUCUCACAGUUGGUGCCGACACCCCUACUGCCUGCUGCUGCUUCUAUAUCUCCCGGCAGAUUCCACGCAAGUUUGUGGACGACUAUUAUGACACCGGUAGUCCGUGCUCCAAGCCAGGUGUCAUCUUCCAAACCAAGAGAGGCCAGCAGGUCUGUGCUGACCCCAGUGAGGCCUGGGUCCAGGAAUAUGUCACCGACCUGGAGCUGAACUCCUGA